CCUCUUCCCCAUUUCCUCCCCGGCUCCACCUUCUCCACCCAAACCCAAAACCCUAGAAAUUCAUUUGGUAGGCUCCCUCGCGGAGCUUGGACCGCCAUGAGCGCUCCCAUGGAGAUUUCCUUCGACCCCCAACCCUCUCAUCCUGCUGUGCUCGUCUCCUCCUCCAGCCCACCGCUAGAGCCUGCAGCCGCCACCGUCGCUGCCGCUGCCACGGUCUCCUCGCCGCAGCCGACGGCGGUGGCUGUAGCCGCGUCCUUCCCGGCCGACGACAAGGUCCUCGUAUCAGUUGAGGUACUGCUUCACGCCACGAGCACGGCUCGCGCUGAGGACGUCAGGGUAGCGGUCGAGAGGAUGUUAGAAACUCGAAGUUUAAGCUAUGUCGAUGGUCCUGUCCCGAUACCGCCUGACAAUCCUUUUCUUCUCGAAAACGUUAAAAAGAUCCAAAUAUGUGACACCGAUGAGUGGGUUGAGAAUCACAAAGUUCUGUUGUUUUGGCAAGUCAAGCCUGUUGUUCAUGUAUUCCAGUUGAGUGAAGAUGGUCCAGGUGAAGAACCAAGUGAAGAUGAUACACUCUCUAGCUUCAAUGAGUGGGCUCUACCUGCCAAAGAAUUUGACGGACUAUGGGAAAGCUUACUGUAUGAAGUUGGCCUGAAGCAGAGGUUGCUGAGAUAUGCUGCCAGUGCUUUGCUAUUUACUGAAAGAGGUGUGGACCCAUGCCUUGUUUCAUGGAACCGGAUUGUACUUUUGCAUGGUCCACCUGGAACAGGAAAGACUUCGUUGUGUAAAGCGCUAGCUCAGAAACUUUCUAUACGCUUCAAGUCAAGGUAUUCUAUGUGCCAAUUAAUUGAAGUCAACGCACAUUCGUUGUUCAGCAAAUGGUUUUCUGAAAGUGGGAAAUUGGUAGCCAAACUUUUCCAGAAGAUCCAGGAGAUGGUUGAGGAAGAAAGCAACCUGGUAUUUGUAUUGAUCGAUGAAGUUGAAAGCCUUGCUGCUGCCAGGCAGGCUGCUAUAUCUGGCUCUGAACCUUCAGACUCCAUUAGGGUGGUAAAUGCGUUGCUAACACAAAUGGACAAACUGAAGGCUUGGCCAAAUGUUAUAAUUCUUACUACAUCAAAUAUCACCACAGCUAUUGAUAUUGCAUUUGUUGACAGAGCAGACAUCAAGGCAUAUGUUGGACCCCCUACUCUUCAAGCACGAUAUGAGAUUUUGAGGUCAUGCAUACAAGAACUCUUCCGAGUAGGAAUUCUUACAUAUGCUCAGGGUGGUGAUUUACCUUGUAUUCUGAGUUUUUCAACCCUGAAGGAGAAGUUGCACUGUCCUGAAGCUUCAGAACCCCACACACUUCAUCUCUCCAAAUUACUGCAUAAAGGUGCAGAACUCUGUGACGGAUUAAGCGGAAGAUCAUUGAGAAAACUUCCUUUCCUCGCACAUGCUUCUGUUCCCAACCCUUCGUGCUGCGACGCUUCUUCUUUCCUGCACACGUUAAUACAGACGGCGCAAAGAGAGCUCUUGGAAUCUCGCGGUUGAUUCCAUGUGGAUUGCUUGCAGGAUCAAAUGGCUAACAGUUCAGUUCAAGUAGCAUGUCCCUGAUAUAAUGAUGCAUAGCUUGAAAGUCUGAUGUUCUGAAAUACAAGCAGAUUCGUUCAAUCUCUAGGUUAGAAAAGUCAACAGUAGAAGUUCAGGACUCCAGCGUCGGUGUUGCUUUUGAUCUUCGGUAAAUUGUUACAGUAGAGGAUGCACUACACUUUUGAGGGACGCUGUUUUGUUAUCUACAUGAAGUUACUGCGAUACUUUGGUGACUUCAACAUAAUUUUGUGUACAUUGCGAAGUUAAUGCCAUACUUUGGUGACUUAAACAGA